AUGAUUCGACAGACGCUUGUUGAUGAGCGCGUAUCAGCUCUUCAUCACCAUACACUUCAGUCACCUGGCGAUAGUGAUGGUGAUAUGUCUAAACCAACAUCCCGUCGUAUACCAGCUCCUGUUGCAUCACGUAUUAUCAUUCGAAAAAAUUCAUCCUUAUUACCAACGGGUGAUGAAACAAGAAUAAUAACACCAUCAACAACACCAUCCCCAACACUUAUGGUUGAUCCACGUUCGCGUGUUGAAUUACUUGAACGAAAUCUUCGUUAUGUUCAACAGCAACAUGAAAUAACUCUAAAUGAUUUACAUAAUGAAAUAAGUCGACUUCAAGAAGAAAAUCGAGACCUUCAUUUUCGUAUGAUUGAUAUUCGUCCAUCAUCGUCAUCUGGAAAUAAACAACGUAAAACUGAUAUAGUACCAAAUUUUCAACAAUUAGCUAAUAUUUCACUAAAUGAACCCACUCUUGAAAAACGUCUACAAGAGGUGCAACGUCUUCAUUUUGAACAACAAAUUGAUGAACUUCAAACACGAUUAAUUGAAACUGAACAAAAAAAUGAAUAUUUAAUGCGUACUAUUGAUGAAUUAAAUAAAAAAUCAUCUGUUCAAUCACCACAGGCAUCAUCUUCAUCAGUUGUACCAGUUCUAUUACCAGAUCCAAAUAUAUCAUCUGAUGUUAAUAGAACAAAGUCCAUCGAUAAUAAUAAUGAUGAUAAUAAAGUUACCAAAUCAGAAAAGACUCAAAUGAAUGAUGCUGACUAUCAACAUUUACUUCAAGUUUCGUAUGAAAAACAACGACAACAAGCACUCGAAAUCGCAAGAUUACGAGCUGUAUUACGUGAAAUACUUCAUGCUGAACGAUUAAGUUCAACAUCGAAAAUACUUGUUCGGGAUUGUUUAGCAUCAACAAGUAUUAGUGAAAAUUCAAUAUCAACAACACCUACUGAUACAUUAUAUAAUAUCGGAAGUCAUCAACAGCAACAACAACAGCGAUCUAUUACUUCAUCAUCAACUGUUGGAAAAAAUUUGUCAUUUCGACAACCAACCGGUCAAAAUCGUCCACCAGAACAACGUUUGAUUUUACCACCAAUACAAGGUAGUAGUUUAUCAUUCUCACAAGAUCCAACUGGUGCGAGUGGUUUAUUACAUAGUUCAUUGAGUCAAACAAAUGCUGGAUCACAACAACAAUUAUUGAAAAUUGGUGAAACACCAAUAGCAAGACGAGAACGACGUACUCAGGAACUACAAAGAACAAGAUUAACGAGAAAUCUUUAUCAUUGA